AUGGAAGAUAGAACAAUUGAUAUCCUUGGUUUGAAUGAAACUAUAUUGGAUAAUACUAUUCCCAAUAAACAGGAUGAUAUCGAGGGAUACGAUAUACUUCGCCAUGAUGAGAAUAGAAAUGGCGGCCCAGUAGCUUUUUAUGUUGCACAAUCCUUGACUUGCGUUAACAGACAAGAUCUCUUAUCUCACGAAGAUUUAGACAUUUUGACGGUUGAGAUUAAAAAACAAAGUCCAAGCCUUUCUUGGUGAGAACUUCGUAAAGACCUCCAGAUUCCAAGGUAGAAAUUUUUGACAAAUUUGAAUCAUACCUACUAAAACUUGAUCAAGAAGAUAAAGAGAAUAUUAUUAUGGGUGACACAAAUUGUAAUCUCCUGUUGCAAACGUUUGACCACAAGGCCGAACACUUGAAGUUCAUUACUGAAACUUACUAA